CAUAAAAAACCAACAAAUACCAUAAAAGUACUGUGAACUAUUAUCUACUCAUGUACAUACAUAUAAUGAAAAAAUAUACAUAUACUUUAUUAAAUAUACGUUCUUCGUCUGCUGUUGUUAAAAGAUUAGUAAGUGUACUUUGUAAUAUCUAGUAACUCAGGAUCUAUAAAAAGUAUUUUUCGAAAAUAUUAAAAAUGGCAGACUACUUCAUAUAUAAAAUAUGUAGAGAUAAUAAAUUACCUUAAUACCGAAAAAAUAUAAUAAAUAAAUGAAAUAUAAUAAACCCAAAUAUAAAUACUACUGUGUAAAGACAAGGAUAUUUCGUGUGCUGCUAUGUUUAAAUUAAGUACCAAAAUUGGAGUACAGAAUAAUGCCUUUAUAUUUAUGUAACCGCUUUACCAAACAUCUAAUCAAAGGGUAUCAACGAAAUCACAUACAGUUUUUAAAAUACUGUGAAUAAAAUGAUAAGAAUACUACAUUCUUCGUGAUCUAAGGAGGAAGGAUUUAUAAGAAUAAUAUAUACAUAUUUUAUGGCAAAAUUGUCUAAUGGAUAUAUUGUGGAUAAAGCCAAUGGAAAUAAAUUUAAGUUUUAGAUUUAAUGUAAGGGAAAGUGAAAAAAUAUAAAUAUAUUUAUAUUGAAACUAGAAGGCUGAAAUUUUAGGAUUCUUGGUAAUUAUACAAAGGCAGAACACGAUAAUAAAAAGUGAAAUCUUUAUGAAAGUGGUAUCUAGGACACAGUCAACACAACCAAAUAAAGCUGAAUAAAUGAGACUGACUAUAACAUUAAGUUUUGAAAAUAGUCUAAGUAGUGUCUAAGGCGGUUAAAGCUAAAAUAUAUAAAAAAAAGAUCGAAUAGUGUUUACAGAAAAACAAUAGAGGCCAAGCCAACAUUUUACCAUAUUCUCUGUCUGGGAUUUUAUUUGCAUAAUCACUUUAUAUGCAUUGAAAUAUCCUUUGUUUUCGUAAUAUAAUUACAACAUACACAAUGCUUAAGAGAUUUAAAUAUAUUGACGCAACCGAUGGUCUAGUUAACGCUAAUAGUCAAGUAUCAACAGAAACGGGGCCCUGUUCUGAUAAAAAUAUUUCUGCUAAGAAUAAUUUGUCAUAUAUAAAAUUGAUUAAAACAGAGCCUAUUGAUUUAGAAAUGGCAUAUGUGGAAUCAAACGAUUCAAAAGAAUAUCGUUUAGAAAAUAUAACGCAAACUAAAUUAAUGAAAAAGUCAAAAGUAAAUGAAACUGUACUGAAGUCGACAAUAGCACCUUCAGUGAAUUACCAACACGUGCAGAUACAAACUGUCCAACCGAGGCAACCGGGAGUAAAUUUACUGAAUAAUUCUAAUGCUAUACAAAAAGUUACAUUGACCCCACGUUUGGAGGUGAUUAAUAGGUCCACAUCUAGCGAUGGGGGAAGUGAUAUUGGUAAUAUCAUAAGGCAAGCUUAUACUUCCCAACAGAACAUUUCCAGAGACCAAUCUCAGUCUCCACAUUCUUUCCAUACAAGUGCGCGAAUAGAACAACGAGUUUUACAGCGCCAACCAUCGGAUUCCAUACCUGGACCUCAGAUUAUAAUUUCCCGUCAACCAUCAAAUAUUGUGUCUCCUACUCCUUUACAGCGUCGUCAUUCUGCAAGUCCUUCACAUUGUGAAGGGAAUCCAUCUUUUGCAAGUUUAAGUAAUAAUUCGGAUUGUGUAUCUUCUUCUCCACCUCCAUCUCUUCGAACUUUACAACAAUAUUCAUCACAUCGUUCGCCGCAACCAUCACCACCACCGUUGUCCUUACAACAUCAUGUACGGGUUAUAAGAGAUGGUCGAUUAUAUGAAGAAGCUGCUCCAAGACCAGUUCACUCUACUAGACAAUCCGAAUCUCCCCCUCCGUUGUUACACCAUCACCAAUCUCGAUCUGCUCCCAUUUCACCUGUUGUAUCUCGUCGAUAUUCUAUUUCCCCACAAGAUAUUCCGACAUCAUCUUUAUUCCAACAACAAACUAUUGAAAAGCAUCAAGGGCAUUCACAAGUAAUGGUUGAUAAUAACAAACAUGAAAUUCAUAUAUCAGACACCUUAGGACACUUUCAAAGGAAAAAAAUGAUUUCUCCUCCUCUUCCAUCUUCGACAUCUCUUCAUGCGUCGGUUAUUGCAACGGAUCCAUCAUCCACCCAAGUUUUGAUGGAAACUCCUUCGACAACACUAAGUAAUUCCCAUUCGCACCGGUAUGCACUUUCAUCAUCAGCACGAAAAUAUAUUGUUACCACUAAUACACCACAAUCGAGCUUAAUACCAACAAGCAUUCUACGGCAACAACAUGUUAAAUUURUUCAACACAAGCACCAAAUUCCCCAAUAUCAAGAAGAUGGAAAUACUUCGUUACAAUUGACAGCUGCCACAUCUUCUUCAACAUCAACUGGACCUCGAAAUUUUCGUUUACCUGUUGUUACUAGUAGCAGUAGAUGCACUAAUAUUGGCACCAACGACCAACAAUUUCAUAGCCACAACAACACUGCCAUGCGGCCGCCUCCACCACCACCUCCAAAGAUSAAAAACUCAUGCUCUUCUAUCACUUUACCCACUAGCAACAAUGGGGGAACUUCCACUAGCGAGGAGCCGUCCAGCUCAAUUCCAGAUUUGGAAUUUGAUGGUACAACAGUGCUAUGCCGCGUCUGUGGUGAUAAAGCGUCUGGUUUUCAUUACGGUGUACAUUCCUGUGAAGGUUGUAAGGGAUUUUUCCGGCGCUCUAUUCAGCAAAAAAUUCAGUACCGUCCGUGUACUAAAAACCAACAAUGUAGCAUUUUACGAAUUAACCGUAAUCGCUGCCAAUAUUGUCGGUUAAAAAAAUGCAUUGCAGUAGGAAUGAGUCGUGAUGCGGUUCGUUUUGGCCGAGUCCCAAAACGUGAGAAAGCGAGAAUAUUAGCUGCUAUGCAGCAGAGUACACAAAAUCGUGGUCAACAACGUGCGUUGGCAGGAGAAUUAGAUGAUCAACCCAGACUUAUAGCUGCUGUACUUCGAGCUCAUUUAGAAACUUGUGAGUUUACAAAGGAAAAAGUUUCUGCAAUGCGUCAAAGAGCAAGAGAUUGUCCGUCAUAUUCGAUGCCAACUCUAUUGGCUUGUCCUCUGAAUCCUGCCCCUGAGUUACAAUCAGAGCAAGAGUUUUCCCAACGAUUUGCCCAUGUCAUACGUGGCGUUAUUGACUUUGCGGGUAUGAUACCUGGUUUUCAACUGCUUACACAAGACGACAAAUUUACUUUGCUAAAAGCAGGCCUUUUCGAUGCGUUGUUCGUACGUUUGAUUUGCAUGUUUGAUUCCUCUAUCAAUAGUAUUAUAUGUUUAAAUGGACAAGUUAUGCGCCGCGAUGCAAUACAGAAUGGAGCAAAUGCACGUUUUUUAGUGGAUUCCACAUUUAAUUUUGCUGAGCGAAUGAAUUCCAUGAAUUUAUCAGAUGCAGAAAUUGGACUAUUUUGUGCAAUCGUUCUUAUCACACCAGAUAGACCGGGCUUACGAAACAUUGAAUUAAUCGAAAAGAUGUACACUCGAUUAAAAGGUUGUUUGCAAAAAGUUAUAAGUCAGAACCGUGCUGAUCAACCGGAUUUCAUGUCUAAAUUGUUGGACACAAUGCCCGAUUUGCGAACACUUAGCACACUUCAUACAGAGAAAUUAGUAGUUUUUCGUACAGAACACAAAGAGCUAUUACGCCAACAAAUGUGGACAAUGGACGAUGAGCAAUCAACGAAUAUUAAGAGUCCUGUUAUCAAUUGGGAUGAUGCUCGUAUGGACGUUGAAGCCAAAAGCCCUCUUGGUUCAGUAUCAAGUACUGAAUCGGUAGAUUUGGAAUACAGCACCUCCUCUACCACAUCAGCGCCACACCAUCGCGUUAAUAAUCUAGAACAGCAACCGUCAGCAUUAGCUUCGUCAACUCCUUUGUUAGCGGCAACAUUAUCUGGUCCAUGUCCUCUACGUAACAGAGCCAAUUCUGGCUCAUCUGGCGAUUCUACCACUGAAAUGGAUAUUAUGGGCUCCCAUGCACACCUUACGCAGAAUGGGUUAACAAUCACUCCAAUUGUUCGAACGCAUUCCCACCAACAGUUGCAUCAUCAUUUGACUACUGGCGCUCCAAACAGAUAUCGCAAAUUAGACUCACCAACUGAUUCAGGCAUCGAAUCCGGUAAUGAAAAGAAUGAUUGUGUUAUCAAAGUUGUAAGCUCUGGAGGCAGUUCCUCUUGUUCUAGCCCACGUUCUAGUGUAGAUGAUGCAUUAGAUUGCACAGAUACACCUGCAGCAAGCACCAGUCAAGUUAAGUUAUCUGUUUCUCCUGUUCGUUCACCUAAACCUAUCGCUCCAACAUCCACCUCAUCUUUAACUGGAAUAGUUAGCACGCCAAAUGCCCUCAAACGUCAAAUUGUCGAAGAUAUGCCAGUAUUGAAGCGAGUAUUAGAAGCGCCGCCACUUUACGAUACCAAUUCCCUAAUGGAUGAAGCUUACAAGCCACAUAAAAAAUUUCGAGCAUUACGACAUCGUGAAAUCGAAAUUGCAGAGGCAGAUCCAAGUUCCACAUCUAAUAAUUCUUUAAAUACAGAGAAAAUAACCACACCAAAAGCAGAUGCAAAUAACACGGUACAAAGUUCGCAAGUGGCAACAGCAGCAAGUAGUCCACCGCCGUUUAUUCAAUCAACGGGUACAGCUUCUACUCCAUUUGUUACUUCUCAUUGCACAGUAACAACAGCGUCAUCUCCACAUUCCGCUAUAACAGGAAGUUCUUUAAACAGCCAUCAGCAGAGUCAGCUACAUAUGCAUUUGACACGUCAUACGAGUUCGAAUCAUAAUACUAGUAGCAAUGGUAACCAAAAUCAUACUAGUAAUGUACCGCCACAACAUCAAUCUUCUUUAUCUAGUACACAUUCAGUUCUCGCUAAAUCCCUGAUGGCUGAACCACGUAUGACUCCAGAACAAAUAAAAAGAUCUGAUAUCAUCCAAAACUACAUUAUGCGCGAUCAAGCAUCAUGUUCUUCAGGUUCAUUGAUUCCUGGCACUCCAACCCAUACCAGAGCACGAAGCCCAGCACCAGUGCAGCAUCUAUCCCCAAUGAAUCAGACUUCCCACCAUUAUACAUCUUCCCCAUCUUCAAGUAAUUCUCCAACUUGCUCAAGCACAGUCUGUAGUUCAUCUUCGACUACAACAAUAACAUUAACUUCACCACCAAACUCUGUUAGCCCAACUGUUACACGAUGGCACGGUCACUCGGUUAUAACGACAACAAACAUCAACCAGCGCCAGCAAUCUGUUUCGCCAAGUAGUAAUGGGUCAUCUUCAUCAUCAUCUUCAUUAAAUGGCUGUCAAUAUUUUCAAUCUCCACACUCCACAUCAACUGCAGUAUCUCCCCCUCGCCCGUCGCCAUCAGCUAUUCAUUCACCCCCACGCUUAAUGGAAUUGCAAGUGGACAUUUCCGAUUCACAACAACCGUUGAAUUUGUCAAAAAAGUCACCAACACCACCCCCAAAUAAGUUGCAGGCAUUGGUAGCGGCAGCAACUGCGGUACAAAAAUAUCCUACCGUUUCUGCCGAUAUAACUGUUACACCGGCUAAAACUGAAAGUCCGCAAACUGUAACCACUGUGCCAGCAAAUAGUACGCAGCAACUACAGGUCAUGCUGGAAGCGUAAGCUUAAUACAUAUACAUCUGAGUUAGUGAAUAUUUUCGCUAUAUAAUUUUAUGUAAAGAAUGCACCAGUAUAAAGGAUAUUUUGAGAUUAUUCGAAAGAAAAUAUAAAAUGUGCGUGGUAUGAUAUUAAGAGGAAAAUUUGGAUUUGUACCAAAACCUAAAAGUUAAUAAAAUUAGGUAACAAAAAAGAGAGAGACUGAAUAUUCAUGUAUGUAUAUAUAAAAAAAUAUGAAAUAUUUUAAAGUAUUGAUGCUAAAUGAAUAUGUUACUUGGCGUGAAUGAAUUAAUAUGUUAUUGGGACGAUCUUUAAUUAACAAAAAAAUAAAUAAAUAAACACAGAAAUAUGCGUACAUUUGUAUAAAUGCAUAAAUAUACAUACAUAUAUCUUUUCCUUAAAACUUCUGAAGUUGAUAGUAGUGAAAACUGAUAAAUAAUUAUAAACUAUAACUUAUGUAUUAAAUAUAAAGAAGAACUGUAUAUGAAUCGAGCAUGGAUGUAUUUUAGAAGAUGUAAAAAUUGUGACAAACGAGUUAUAAAUAGAAGUAUAAGGAGAGUUGCCAUUUUGCAUUCAGUUUUUCAAUUCAUAAAAGAAUUAAAGAUUUUAAUUGUAUAUUUUCAAAUUUGUUAUUAUGAUUUUCUGGAAAAUUUAAACCAAAAUUUAACUUUUUUGCAUAUGUGUGUAUACUAAAUAUUUUUAAUCAAAAUUGUUGUGAUCUUUUUUUUUUUGUCAUCCAAAUAUGUACUGUAUUACAUUAAACGAUUGGUGUUUAUAAAAAAUUUAAUGGCAAAUCCUUACAACUUAACGACUGUAUCUUCGAAGCACACAAAAUAAACUGUACAAAAUGCAUGCAAUAUAGAUUUAAAAUACCAUAACAUACCGUGACAAAAAUAAUUAAUUAUGCUACACUUCCUUUUAAAUCUAAUACGUAUAUGUAUUUGCAGUGGAGAGAAUAAUUUUAAUUGUAAGGCAAUGAAAUGUUUUUUAGAUACAUGGCACAACGAUAUGAUAUUAUAUAUAUGUUAAUUUAUAUAUGCUGUAUUACAUUAAAAUUGAGUACAUAUAGAUACAUACAUAUGUGUAUUUUAUUGAAUUAUCUAUAAACUAAAUUCCGGCGCAGAGGUGUUCCCAUAAAAAACUCAAACGCCGUUAUCGAAACCAUUUUUUGCUCGGAAAAUUUUGAGAUCAAUGUAUAAUCAAAAGAAACAGAUAUUUGAAAUCUAGAUUUGCAUAAUUUAGCAAAUUGAAGAAAAAUGUCUACUGUAUUAAUUUAAGAUAUUCAUAAUUAUAAUUUCUGGAAAGAAAUGUUGUUCCAGUGGUCCAAUAUGAUUUAAUAUUGAAAACUCUACGAGUUUUUCAAUAAGCAAAAAAGUUGAUUAAUGUUUAAUUCUUCCUUACUAUAUAUGCAUAGUAAAAUUUUGCUUUCAUAAGCAGUUUUACUUUAGGGAUCUUAUUUUAUAAUAAAAUUGUUUUAUUGUUCGUUGGUUUGUUUUAUCAUUAUUAUUGGAAUCUUCUAUUUAUCUGUUGGAGUGAUAAAUUUUUAACGUGUUACUUUUCUAAAAAUAAUUAAUAUUAUUGUUUUCUAAAUUUAUAAUAUGUAUAAAGUUCUAAAUAAUUUUAAAAUGUAUAUAUAUUGUAUAUAAUUUUUCUAAUUUAAUAAGCACAUUAAGAUAAAAAAUAUUCCCUAAGUUAAUUUUUGUGUGCAUAUGUGUUUCCAAUUAUUGAAUGUAUUGGCCGUUGAUGUAUUGUUUAAUUUAAAACAAGUUCUUAAACUUUCAUUUAUUCUCAUGUUAAUAUGAUAAGAGAAAGUGAAUUUAUUCUUAUUAGUAAUAUUAGUAGUAUAAUGGUAGUAUGCUAUAUUUGUAGUAGGUACAAAAAUAAAAUUUUUUCAAAUACACACACAUAUUUAAAAUAAAUUAAAA